UUUCUUUAUAUUAUAAUGCGAAUAAUAUUGUUACGGCGUCGGCCUACCAUAGAAUUCUUCUCUAUUUGUCGGUUAUUUUUCACUCUCCCGGUUCAGCAACCGGAAGUGACGAAAGAAGGCUCCUCUCUUGUAAUGGCGGCUCCCACAUCAUUUGGCGCCGGUCCGACCGAAACUUUCCCAGUUCACUCCAAACAGGCAUCAGCUGAAAUCAAUGGUAACCAGACAGAAGUGGUGUGUAGCUCCUAUGAGGAUUAUAUCUUCCUGAUAGUCACACAAUACAUGAAAAUUGGUACAUUGAUUCGACUUUCUCCAGAGAAUGUGAUCGAUUCGCAGAGAAACCCUUUUGUGUCAUCGAAGGUUUUACUGGGAAAAGAUGAGCCAAUGACCCAUGUUUUGGCCAAGAACAUUCAGCUGAGUAUGUCAACAUCGAAACCGGUUUUGUUGUCUCUUGCCAUGAAGGACACUUCGCGUGAAACACUUACAGAAGUGAUCAAAUUGGUACAGCAAUGCAAAGUAUGGAGUUAACAGAGAUGAGGAGGAGGAGGAAAGGUGCUGUCUGCUUGUGCUGAUGCACUUUGUGUGUCUACGAUGCUGGAGAGAACGGCAGAGAGUGCUGCUUUAAUCACAUUUUCUCCUUUAGGAAAACAUAAAAAGAAAAAACUUCACGAAGCGAUCCAUUCACAUGUGGAGGUUAAAAGACAGUGGAAUUAAAUUUAUCACCAAAUGGAAAAUUCUGGAGCGAUGCAAACCUGACAUAAAUGGUACUACAAGAUGCAAUUUAUGUAAUUCUGAAAGAAACCCCCAAAAGAACUUUAAUCUAAAACAACCCAAAAAUGUUAUUUAAUUUCACUAUCAGUGUUUCUUAUGUGCAACACACACUGGAUGUAGACAUCAUACAAGCACCGACUCAAAUAUGUCCCUUAUGGAAGGUCUUUGAUAGCCAUCUCAGAAUUGCUAUCUGCAGGAAACUUGCUAUAAACAUGAGAUUUAACACCGGGGGAAUUAGUCUGGUGCAGCUCCCCAGCUCUGGUCAAACUGUCCAACCCAUGCCACCAUGGACAACAGACGUUAAAUGAUGAUGAUGAUGAUAACUAGUAGUUAUACCCAACCACUAUACUUUAAUGUGUGUAUUCUCAUCAUUUAAUGCCUUAUGUUCCCUGCUGGCCUGGGUUGGAUGGUUUACUUGGAUUUUUGAUGAAUCAAGGACUGCAGUGUUUGCUUUGGCAUGGUUUCUAUGGCUGGACGUCCUUCCUAAUAUGCCAACCACUCUAUAGUGGGUUCUGGAUGCUUCUUGAAAUGAACGUACAAGUGGCUGAGCACUCCACAGACACUCGUACCGAUAACAUGGUUCUCUGAGAGAGAUUCACUGUGAUACAGAAUCAUAACAAGCCUCACUCUUUGAAAUACAGAUACAAUUCAUCAGUAGUUCCCAACCAAUUUUUAGCCAUGCCCCAUCAAAUCAUUUCUAAAAUCCUGAUGCCCCCUUGUGAUAUUAAAUUUUUGUUAUUCAAAAUUUGGUUAAUGUUUACAAUUCUACCUGGAAACAAGAUAGAAAAAAAUAAUAUAUUGUAAUGAAUGUAAAUAAAAGUGUAGGAAACGAA